AUGGGAGAUCGAUCGAGCCAUCACGGGAAUUUACUUUGGUCAGCCAUUGUAAUCGGUUCAAUUAUCGUUCUCUACUCGACAACGGAAAACGGCCUCACAAAGCACGUCGAUGUGAGCGUUUUGGGGAAAACUGAAGAUGGACGACCAUGGAUCUACCGGAAACCAGGCCGCCAACAUGACUACAGUGUGUAUGAAAUGUGCUCAACGAAUGAUCGAUUCGAAAUCGUCAAAAAUGGAUUCUGCAGGGAUCAAGUGGCGCUCGUGCGCUUCAAGAAUAGCGUCAAUUUGACGGGUUGGAGCUUCUUGGAGAUCGAGACAAAUGAUGGCCAUUCACCAUUGGAACAAGCUUACGCAGCCGGCUAUUUGGAGGGAGCUCUCACCCGAAAACUCAUUCAACACCAGCUCCACAACGUGGUCGCAAACUAUUGCACCGGCAAAGAGGCGUAUUGCGAUAAAUUGAAGAAUUUCAUCAAAGAGAACCACAUCUGGACGAAGAAAUUCCUCAAUCGAGCUCCCACCAAGGACCCCUACUAUUCAGCGAUACAUCGAACCUAUUACCAAUUGCAAGGACUCAUUGAUGCUUAUGAGAAGCGACCCGCUCAGGCGAGAGCCACCUUUGAAUAUCAUCCAAUUGUUUUCCUCAAUUGGAUGGGCGAAUUCUACGAUCUCGAGGUGAAAUUCAACAAAACGCGAGCUGGUACCGAGAUCCCCGAAAAGUGCUCGGCUUUAGUGAAACUUGCUCCAAACAAUCGCGACCUCUUCUUCUCCCAUGUCACCAUGUUUGCCUAUCAUCAAAUGUUACGGGUGAUCAAGCUGUACAAAUUUGGAUACGAUAAGAAAGCUUAUCCGGGUCAUACGAUCUCGUUUACAAGUUAUCCAGGACUACUCAGCUCGCAGGAUGACUUUCAUAUCACAUCGGCGAAACUCGCUAUCAUGGAAACGACAAUCGGAGUCUAUGAUCCAUCAAAAAUGAUCCACACGCAGUCACAAGAACAGUUACCAAGUUGGAUUCGCUCGAUGACGGCUAGUUUGUUGGCAGACACGGCGCUCGGAUGGGUAGAGACUUUCCUUAAGUAUCAUAUGGGUACCUACAAUAAUCAAUGGAUGAUCAUCGACUAUAAACUCUUCACGCCCGGUCAACCGCUUAAAGAUCACACUUUCUACGUCCUCGAAACGAUGCCUGGCUACUUUGUGUAUCGGGAUAAAACGCGAGAGUUGCAAGAGCGAACCUAUCAUCCAUCAUACAAUCUACCCCAUUAUCCCGAGAUUAUCGAGUACUCGGCAUUGGAGAGAUUUGCCAAAACUUACGAUAAACCAAAUGGCAGCGGAAUCGGCGGAGAUUACUAUCGAUCGGGGAAAUCUCCUAGAGCGAAAAUCUUCGCUCGUGAUCACGCAAAUGUCGUCGAUUUCGAGUCGUUUACCAAAUUGAUGAGAAAAAUCGACUUCAAAAACGAUGAGCUCUCCCGGUGCGAAUGUGAUCCACCGUACAGCGGAGAGGCAGCCAUUGCAGCGAGAGGGGAUCUCAACGACCCAAACGGAAAGUAUGAGUUCCCGGCAAUCGGACACCGGAAUCACGGAGCUCUAGAUUUCAAGGGAGUCAACCACGAGCGAAUGACCGAUUUCUCAUUCCGGGCAUGGGGCGCACCGGCUUGGGAUCUCCCCAAUGGAAUCCCUCCAUUCCAAUGGACUCAAUUCGAGAGUCAUUCACAAAUUCGAGUCUCCCAUCGCGGUCAUCCCGAUCUUUUCGAUUUCGAUUUCGUCGAGGUCGAAUGGGAGGCGAAAAUC